AUGAGGAACACCGCUCUUCUUUUACUCGCAAGCACUGCUCUGGCAGCUCCUGUCAACAAGACCCUUGAGGCUCGGAAGCCUUGUCUCUGGCUUGAUGGCAUGCUCGAUGGAGAGGGUAGCGGAGGCACCUCCACCAGUGGUGGCAUCAGCUCCCUCGCUUCGCUCAUUCCAAGUAUCGGCAGCAUAAUUGGUGGUUCAUCUGACUCUUCUGCCAGUACUUCUGGUUCAAGCUUGGGGUCCUCAGGCUUUGGGGUCGGACUGCGAGGAUCUGGCUUUGGUAGUGCUUCUGGUGGCAGCUCUGGCGGCACUUUCGGCAGUCUUUCUGGAAGCAAUUCUGGCAGCGCUUUUGGCGAAUCUUCUGGCGAAUCUUCUGGCUCUGGUGGCGCCUCUGGAACGAGCUCUGGUGACAUUGGUACGUCUGGCACUGGAUCUGUUGGCUCGGGUGCAUCAGGAAGCGCCGGUCUAGGUGGUUCCUUUGGUGCCUCCGGUACCACCUCUGGUGGUCUUGGUGCAUCUAGCACCGGUUCCAUUGGUGCUGGUGCAUCCGGUAUCGCUUCCGGCUCUGCCGGUGCCUCUGGUGGCAUCGGAGCCUCUGGUACCACUUCCGGUGGUAUGGGAGGCUCUGGAACUGGUGCCCUUGGAGCAGGCGCCUCUGGUGCAGCUUCCGGUGGCACUGCAGGCGGUGCCUCUGGUGGUGUCUCCAGCGGAAUUGGUGGUUCCGCUACUGGAUCAGGUGGUGCUAGUGCAUCUGGCACUGGUUCACUGGGUGCAAGCGCCUCGGGAAGUGUUGGUCAAGGAACUUCUGGAUCUGGCGGCAUCUCUGGUGGUGCUUCUGGAAGUACUUCAGGGGGAGCCUCGGGGGGUGCUUCGGUGGGCAUUUCGGGCGGCAGUUCGGGCUCUGGAAGUGCGACAGGCGGUGCCUCGGGCACCGGUUCCCUCGGGGCGAGCUCUUCUGGGGCUGUCUCCCCGGGAUCAGGCUCCUCCAACACCGGUUCUUCCGACUCGGGCUCUAUUGGCACUGGCGUUUCUGGCACUAGCUCUGCUGGUGCUAGCGGUUCCAGAUCUGGUACGGCUGGUACUAGCGUUUCUGGAAGCUUAGGGCAGGGUUCUGGCACAGUUCCUGGUGGUAUUUCAUGGAGCACCAGCAUCGGAUUCUCUAUUUCCGGUCCCACGGGUGUCUCAGGCUCAAUCAGCGGUUCUGCGUCUGCUGAGGCUUCAGCUGCAGCCCAGGCUGAAGAAUCUGCUUCUGCAAACGCCUCAGCGUCCUCCAAUGCGAGUGCGAAUGCCUCCGCUGAUGCAAGUGCUAAUGCUUCUGCAAAUGGCAAUGCCUCCGCUGAUGCCUCUGCCAACGCUUCUGCCAACGCCUCCACGUAA